AGUAAUCAGGCUAAAAAUAGUUUCGUUUGUAGGAAUCUGACUAACCUGUUGACCCCAAGUGUAUCUACUCCGAAAUAGCCACCAAUUAAUUAAUUGGUCUGUGCACUACACUACGGUAGGCAUCCAAAGUGCAUUAGUGCAGAUUGUGUACAGUGUUGUAGCUUAUGAGCGACGAGGAGGACACUAGAGAGGAUGAUCGGAUCUUGCGAUCAGCAAGGCGCCCGAUUGCCCACUUGGCAUUAGGACCAGAAGACGACAGGUACCUGUUCCGCCAGCGUAGAGAUAGGUUGCAGCAGCAGAGGAGGGCUAGAGCAGCAGAGGCUAGCAGGGCACUUGUGAGUGAAGCCGUAGCUUCGAAAGCCAUGGCCACGUCUGCGCAGCAGACUACUCAGGCCGGUAGUUCAGGAUCUGUCGGGUCAACGGUCGCGCAGACCCAGAGUCAGUCCACUGGCGUAAUGGCAAGCCAACCAAUAGUGUUAACUUCAGACGAGAUUGCCAUACAACAAGCAGCAUUGCAGGAGGCACAACUACAAAAGGCAUUAGGAGAGAUAAAAGCGGAGAAGGAAAGGAUGAUUAGAAGAAGAGCCAGGAUGCAGCAGAGACAAGCGGACGUUAGUGAGUUAGAGGAGAUGGACUUGACGCACGUGACUGAUGACGUGAGGAUCAUACGGUCCGUCCUGCUAAAUGUAGUUGAGAUGCAGGACCGUCAGACAACCAUCCUCCUGGACAUUCAACAAAGUCUGGCCCUGUUGGUUGGGCAAGCGCACGCAACGUCGCCAAUGUCCGGGCCUGGUGCCUGGCCUGUUGUACAACCUCCUCCUUUUAUCCCACCGGUGGCUGGGGUAUCCCCAUAUGUAGCCCCAUCAUCGGUUGCGAUCGUUUCCCUGGGCAUGCCGCUAUCAGGAGGGAUAUCAGCAGGAUCUAGUUUGCAGGUUCCUGUACAGAUAGUAUUCACCCAAUCUCCGUUGCGGGUUGCGGUUACCACGCAGCGUGCUGUCUCGCAGUCUGUACAGCCGCAGGGUACACAACCCCAACAACCUGUGUCACUAGGUCCACAGCCCGGAGUGAUGCGGGGACCGGGACAAACACAGUGGGUACCAAAGACGGCCAUCGUUGCUCCCAAACCCUUCACAGGGGAUAAGAGGGGUGAAGACCUCGACACGUGGUUGAGGGCAGUGCCGGUCUAUGUCAAGUGUAAACUCACCUUGCCGCACGAGGAAGUGCUUGUGGCUGCAUCCUAUCUAGAGGGUAGUGCAACACGAUGGUUGAGCGGUUUAGUGCAACGACAGGGAUACGGUCAUGACUUCCGCUCUUGGGCAGCCCACCAGAAACUGGAGGACUUCCUCAAGAUGGUGGAGGAAAGGUGGCAUGAUCCUCAGGAGGCUCAAAAGGCCACUGGCGCGAUCUUGACACUACACACGACGCAGUUUAAGUCAAUCAGGGAGGCCACCGACGCUAUGGAGCGUCUGAUCUGUGAGGCCAACAUCAAUGUGCACAACUUCCCCUCGUUCAACAAGAAGGCCCUAGACCUUGAGGCGAAGAUAGGGCAUGGACAUAAUCCCACUACGUACGGUAGGAAGAAGACACUGCCUCCCAACUGGAAGGCGAAGGGCCGCAUUAUGUUGGUCGAUAACGAUGGUUCAACCAUCGAAUUAGAUGACAACUUCCAGGAAGGAGUAGGUUCAGAGGCUGGCAGCGUAGAAGCUUCAGAGGGUGGAGUAGUCGCUGUCGUAGCUCAAAAAGAUCCAUCGAGCCUUUGUUCGAUGAAUGUGUUUGAGUCCUUAGAAGAGCUAGAGGAAGAGUGGUCUAGAUCAGACCCGCUAGCUUCUUGGACGACCCUAGUCAAAGCCCCGAAGGGUGAGAUGUUCGUCAGCGAGGUGGUCAUUGGCGGCCGCAAGGCCGGGGCCUAUUAUGACACUUGCUCGACUAGGAACUUUAUUAGUUGCGCGUGCGUUGAGAGGCUGCGCUUACAGGGGCGAGUGCAACGCCUGAGUCGACCUGUGGAGUCGACUUGUGCCAACAAACAGCGCAUGGUGGUCAAUGACUACCUCCAAGAUGUGGAGUGUUGUUUCCCGUACGUGGGAGGAGAAUUGAGACAUCGUGUCUCGUUCCUAGUGAACGAUGAACUCCCCAUGGACAUGUUGUUAGGUAUGUACUACCUCUUUGUGGCACAGCCCCAGUUUGACUGGGACCGAAAAGUGGUCAAACACACUUUGCCAGGUGGAGGGACCGCCAGAUUGCGUAAGUUCAAAGCUAGUAGUCUGAUUGAGUCCCACGGGUGCAUGUGUGUGGCCGCGUUCUACAAUUAUUAUAAGCAAAAUCAGGAGGAGGGUAUGUAUCUAGCUUAUGUCUCUGUUGCAGGCGAGCCGGUGAAAAUGCCGCCGGAGAUAGAGGGAGUAGUUGCCAAGUACCCUCAUCUAUUCGAAGAGCCGACAGGGGUUGUAGAGAGGGAGGUCGUCCACGCGAUAGAGAUUAUCCCAGGGUCUAGCAUUCCGAAGGGUAUGAUCUAUCGGAUGUCUCCAGGCGAGCUCGAUGAGCUUCGUCGACAACUCAAGGAACUCGUAGAGAAGGGUUGGAUCCGACCGAGUGUCUCUCCUUAUGGGUCUCCAGUACUGUUCGUACCUAAGAAGAUGGAGGGAACACUUAGGAUGUGCAUUGACUAUAGGGGCCUCAAUGCCAUCACUGUCAAGAACAGAGAGCCCCUACUGCGCAUCGACCAUUUGCUAAAUAGAGUGCAAGGGUGUCGGUACUUCAGUAAGAUAGAUCUGAAGUCCGGGUACCAUCAGAUUGCAAUCCGGCCCGAGGAUCAACACAAAACCGCCUUUCAUACCAGGUAUGGUCUGUACGAGUUUGUGGUGAUGCCUUUCGGCCUUUGCAAUGCUCCUAGCACCUUUCAGCAUGCUAUGAAUCGGAUAUUCUAUGACAACUUGGAUAAGUUUGUCAUCAUGUACCUCGAUGACAUACUUAUUUUUAGUAAGACUGUCGAGGAGCACGUUGCACACUUGGACAAAGUCCUCAGUCUCUUGCGACAGCACAAGUUCAAGAUCAACGGUGAGAAGUGCGAGUUUGGCCGCACCCGUGUCUUGUACUUGGGUCAUGAGAUUUUCGCGGAGGGGUUGAAGCCCGAUGACGUGAAGGUGGCCAGCAUUCGUGACUGGCAGCGUCCUCAGUCUGUGACUGAGAUGAGAUCCUUCUUAGGGAUGACUGGCUACUAUCGCAAUUUUGUGAAGAACUAUAGCAUAGUUGCCGCCCCUUUGACUGAUCUGACCCGCCUUGACACCCCAUGGGAGUGGACUGAGAGAUGCGAGGCUGCUUUCAGACAUCUGAAGCAUGUGUUGAUGCAUUACGAAGUCUUGAAACUUCCUGAUCCUGAUAAACCAUUUCUAGUAACUACGGAUGCUAGCCAAUAUGGCAUAGGCGCCGUACUUGCACAACAGGAGGGGAAAAAGUUGAGGCCAGUAGAGUACAUGUCCAAAAAGAUGCCCUCUGAGAUGUUGGCUAAGUCCACCUAUGAGAAGGAACUGUAUGCGUUUUACAAGGCUCUGACCCAUUGGAGGCACUACCUCCUUGGGAGGUUCUUCAUCCUCAAGACUGAUCAUCAGACCCUGAGAUGGAUGAGAACUCAGCCGGUACUCUCUGAUGCUCUCAAGCGUUGGAUCGAAGUCAUUGAGCAGUAUGACUUCGAGCCCCAGUCCAUCAAUGGCGAGUACAACAAGGUUGUUGAUGCCUUGUCGCAUAGACCUGAUUUCUUAGGUGCGCUGAUUACUGAGUUCAAUCUUGCGGACAAUGUUACUCAGUCUUUGGUGGAAGCCUAUCGCGAGGAUCCGUUCAUGUUUGAGAUCAUCCGCAGACUGGAAGCGAAGGACAAAGGUACUUCUGCUGAGUUUGAGUUGGUCAACGGCUUGCUGUUCCUUGAGAAGGCUGGGAAUAAACGUUUGUGUGUUCCUAAUAGGGAGUCUUUGCGUAGCUUAUUUUUAGGUGAAUGUCAUGAUGCCACAAGACAUUUUGGAUUCAAAAAGACUGCGGCUAAUCUGCUGCAGUGGUUCUGGUGGCCCACAUUGAUGAGGGAUGCUAAGUUGUACGUGGAAACUUGUCAGUCAGAGGGACAAGCCACGUACUCAGGCUCCUCUUGGGCUCCUGAAGCCCCUUCCGAUUCCGGAAAGGCCUGGUGAGAGCCUGUCCACGGACUUCAUGGAUACGCUGGUCACCAGCAAGAGGGGAAUGCGCUACAUCUACGUCAUUGUGGAUAGGUUUAGUAAGUUUGCUAGAUUAGUUGCGAUGCCGGCAAUAGCUAAAACCGAGUAUGUGAUUAAGAUGUUCAAAGAGAAUUGGGUUAGAGACUUUGGAUUACCUAAGUCCAUAGUUAGUGACAGGGAUGUCCGAUUCACAAGUGAGUUCUGGGAAGCAGUAGCUGCAGAGCAAGGUACGCAACUGCAGAUGACAUCAGGCAAUCAUCCUAAGGCAAACGGGCAGGCUGAACAAAUGAACCACGCUGUA